UGACAAACAACACAGUAAACGUGCUCCUACUUUUCCAUAACGGCUACAUUUUCCCACACACAAAAAAACGACAAAAGAGAUCUACACACCUUUUUUGUUUUCACCUUCCCUUUUUCAGCAGACCGUUACUCCUUCUCCUUACUUAACAAACCAAACCCAUUUCUCUCUUUCGCUCUCUGCCGUUUCGUCAUGACGGUCGCAGCCACAGCCACUGCACGCACCAAGAGAAUCUUCAAGCUCACUCUCUCCCUUCUCGGUCUCGGAUUCAACUCUUCCAAAUGUAAAACGGCGGCGAAGAUGGCGGUGGCCAGGAUUAAGCUGUUAAGGAACAAGAGGGAGGUGGUGGUUCGGCAGAUGAGACGCGACAUUGCGCUUCUUCUUCAGUCUGGUCAAGAUGCCACCGCUCGUAUCAGGGUUGAGCAUGUGAUGCGAGAGCAAAAUGUUUUGGCUGCGAACGAGUUCAUUGAGCUGUUCUCUGAAUUAGUUGUGGCUAGACUCUCAAUCAUUGCAAAGCAAAGGGAAUGUCCAGCGGAUUUGAAAGAAGGAAUUGCUAGCUUAAUAUUUGCAGCCCCUAGGUGUUCCGAAAUUCCAGAACUUGUGGCGCUUAAAAAAAUCUUUGAGAAGAAAUACGGGAAGGAUUUUGUAUCUGCUGCUACUGAUCUUAGACCUAGCUGUGGCGUAAAUCGUCAGUUGAUUGACAAGCUCUCGGUUCGCACGCCACCUGGUGAAGUAAAAUUGAAAGUAUUGAAGGAAAUUGCUAAGGAAUAUCAAAUUGAUUGGGAUACUGCAGAAUCUGAGAAAGAGCUUCUCAAGCCACCUGAAGAGCUAAUAGAAGGGCAACGCACUUUUGUCAGUGCCAGCACUUUACCAGUGAAAACAUCAACAGAUGCGUCUGUUGAAUCAAAUAAGCCAUCUACAAGGUUCUCGGGUGGUGGAAAAAGUGAUGUCAUGCAUUUUGAAGAUUCUAAGUCUGCUGCUGAAGCAGCAGCUGAAUCAGCUAGGAAAGCAAUCACGGCUGCUGAAGUUGCUGCUUAUAUGGCUAUGAAGGACUAUAAUAAUGAAUCCCCUCAACAAUAUUACAAUGAUAAGUUCUAUACUAAUCCUGCAAAAUAUACCCAAAACAUGACUCGUAAAUCAACAACUGAUGAGAAAAUGCACAGGUCACAUAGCUUACCGAGGUCUGAUCAUAUGGACAAUGAGGAUACAUUGCCGACCGAGUUGUAUGGUGGAAAGGAUUAUAGAAGACAUAGCUACCAUCCAGCUUCUGCACAUUCAGAUAUUAAGUUUGAUGAAUCAGAUUGUGAUGAAGAAAUUGAAGCAGAUGAACCUCCUGUUACGUUGCCACCUAAACGGCUUCCACCACCUGUACCUUCAUCUGUGCUUAAACAGGAUGCCAGCAUUCGUGUUCAUCCUAAAUUACCAGAUUAUGAUGAACUUACUGCUCGAUUUGAUGCGCUAAAAUUCAGAAAGUCGCAGUCCUGAACAACCACUUAUCAAUAUAUUCUUCCUAAUUCAUUUAUUAAUAUACAUAUAAGAAUGGUAUAUUUUGUCAUACAGAGUCAUUCUAAGAAUGUAAUAACAUUGGAUGCUAUACUUUAUUUUUGUUACAAUAUUUGAUGCUAUAGUUUGUAUGCAUGGUUCUGCCACUGCGUAUUAUAUAUGUUUUGAAUAUAUGAAUUGUACAAUUUUGCAAUUAAUUUUCAGUCAUA